AUGCGCCAAAUUUGGCCUCUCUGCCUUAAUCAUCACACCACUGCUCGUGCGUUGGAUGAAGUCAUUCGGAAAUUUAUUCAACAACUUUCCGUUCAAGUCAUGUCUUCAUCUCGUGAAUUGCAUCCACGGGAUCAUCAUCCAUUCCCAGAACGGACCAUGAAUAACUGUAAUGCGAAUUCUAUUGGAGUAGUAGUAGACUCUCGUUCAUCCAAUGUUCAUGAACAACAUCAAGAUCGGAAAACUUCAUUGGAGCCAAACACGAGGAGAAGGACCAUGUCAUCGAUUUCAACAGCUCCUCCUCACGAUGCUCCUAAAGAAUUUCUUCAAACCAUGCUCCGAGAAUCCAAAUAUUAUCAACCACUCAUUGACAUGAAAUUAAUUGACCAGUUUUGUGUGUUCUGUAAUUCUGAUGUGAUUGCAGAAGGACUGAUUGAAGAAUCGGAACACUUUGUCGCCUUGUAUAACAUUCGACCCGUUUUUCCAGGCCAUUCAUUAAUCAUUCCCAAACAACAUUUCACUCGGUUUUCCGACAUUCCAGUCUCUCAUGCUCAAGAUUUUGUUCAAUUUACACAACGUGUGGUGACUGCUCUCAAAUCACUUCAUCAGACCGAUUCUGUUGAAUUCUUGAUUCAGGAAGGAGAAUUGAGUGGUCAAUCGAUUUCUCAUCUUCAUGUUCAUUUGCUGCCAAGAACUCCAGGUGAUAUUCCAAUCAGCGAGCAGUCCGAUACAGGGUUGGAACAAGAUUGGAUGGACUUUUUCACAAAGAAGGAACACACAGCUAGAAUUCUGGAGAGGGAAGAGAGAAAAGAAUUGGCCAAACAGGUCAGAAAGGAGAUGUGCAGACUUGAACCUUCUUUGCAAUAG